UUUCAUCCACUAGGCUCGUAUACUGGCUGAUGCCGCUGGUCCAAACAACGUUAUGCCGCGCCAGCUAGCGCACGGUUUACCAGAUAUAGCCUUUUAGAAAGUUCCUCAACGCGAUUCAAGGGUUGACUUUUGGAAAAGUAUUGUUAAUAUCUCGGUAUGCUGGCACCGUUCCGACCUGUCACCAAGGAGAGAUGCUACGAAAAUACGAACGUAUUCACUGUUGCUGCCACAGGAGCGGAAACAGUGCAGCGGAUAUGGGGUCUUCUAAAUAAUUAAGAAAAGAGGAGCGCUUUCUUUACUGCGACUGGCACGUCAAGUAACGGUUCGGUAGAAACUAACGGAGUUUAUCCACCAAUGCUAUGAAAUCUAACAGAUGACAUAUCGCAACCUCGGAUCGAGAACCAGAUUUUACGGCUGACAUUUGACAGACGGGAGACUGGAAGGGGAGCGGAAGCGAGCGACACAGUGCCGCCGCGAAAGAGCGCUGGAACACGGCUGGGAGUCCACAGACCGUCGGUGGGGCACGGCCCAUGCGGAUCUGUCGUCCAUGAUCAGACGUCGGGAAAUAAAUAUGUAGCUAGCUACUGCUACUUGGUUAUAGUACAUAACAUUCACCGUAAAUAAGAACACGGGAAAGAGGGCUUGCCGUGUCGAUUACGGUACGGUGUUCCACGUUAUUUUGACGGUGUCCAACCUCCCUUCUUCACCUCCACCACCACCUCAGGCCUGCAGUCUCCCUCUCUCCCCCCUCUCACCCCUUUCUGUUCCACCUGGAAGAAGACAAGACAUUGGUCAGGAGAGUUGGCCAACCUCUACAUCCUACCCCAGACCACCCUAGUUCCAACCAGACUACAAUCCUACAUCCUUCCCCUCCACCCCUCCCCAAACAGACGAGGGGGAGAGAGGAGCUUCGCCCCCCCUCAUCCCCUCCCUCCCUCUCUCUCCCCCCUCCCAACAUGCAGCCUCAGGGCCUGUAUGUAAGAGCCAUGGUACAGCCCAUCCCUGGAUUGAAAUCUUGAACCACUCCAGUUGUACUCCACUGUGUGUUGAAGUGAAGCUAAAUGUUCUGAUGUGAGUGAAACUGGGCUGGACCAGCGCUGACCAGACAGCGCAACCAAUAGGAAGACUGGAUCACAGGCCUCAAAUUCCACAAUCACUCAAUCAAACUUUAUUUAUAAAAGCCUUUUUACAACAACAUUUCUCACAAAGUGCUUUACAGUAGUCACCUUAGUAAACCUAUUUUUGACUUCCAAAGAGCAGGCAAGGGAAUGGCAAGGGAAAACCUCCUUACAAGUGCAGAUGUGUUAGCUAACCUCUGACCUGUGUCUGGGCUUGGCUGCUUGUUGGAUCCAGACAGUAGUAUUGAAUCUAGAGGCUUCUACUGACCGUAGCUAGCGUGUCAGCUUCUAGAAUGUUCUAUUAGGUUCUAGUACGUUCUAAUAGGUUCUAAUAUGUUCUGUUAGGUUCUAGUAUGUUCUGUUAGGUUCUAGUACAUUCUAUUAGGUUAUAGUAUGUUCUAUUAGGUUCUAGUAUGUUCUGUUAGGUUCUAGUAUGUUCUAUUAGAUUAUAGUAUGUUCUAUUAGGUUCUAGUAUGUUCUAUUAGGUUGUAGUAUGUUCUAUUAGGUUCUAGUGUGUUCUAUUAGGUUCUAGUAGGCUCUACCGGGCUGUCUCUGGCCCUGUGCUGUGGCCACCUGGCCUGUGGCCCUCCUCUCUGGCUACAGCUUUGGGCGAGGCCCACGGUUCUCCCCCCUCCCCUGCUCAACCUCCACCAUUCGCCCCUCCCUCGCCACGGCUGUCCUCCCCCCCCGCCCCCGCCCCCACCCUUCCUCCCCCUCCCAUCACCACCACUCCCCCCAUCAUCACCAUCACCCCCACCCCUCUCACCCCCAGUCCCCUCCUCCCUCCUCCCCUGUGGUCACCAUGACGACCACUCCCACUGCUCGUGAGCAUCUCCUGGUGGUGAGGAGGCGCAACCCCCACAUGCGCUACACUCUCAGCCCUGAAAACCUGCGCUCCCUCUCAGCCCAGGGCGGUGAUGGCAUUGGCCCUAGGGGUCACGGCGGGGAAAGGUCAGCUGGUGAACGGUCAGGGGUCGGAGGUCAUGGAGAGGGUCAUGGCGGCGGGCUACAAAGGGCCAAUAGCGACACGGAUCUGGUGACCUCGGAGAGCAGGUCAUCGCUGACUGCGUCGACAUACGAGUUCACGAUGGGGCGGGGCCAAAACCUGAUCAUCAACUGGGACAUCAAGGAGGAAGUGGACGCCACGGACUGGAUCGGACUCUACCACAUCGAUGAGACGUGUCCUGCCAACGUGUGGGACUCUAAGAACCGCGGGGUGAACGGCACCCAGAGAGGACAGAUCGUCUGGAGGCUGGAGCCUGGACCUUACUUCAUGGAGCCUGAGACUAAGAUCUGCUUUAAGUACUACCAUGGAGUGAGUGGUGGCUUGAGAGCAACAACCCCCUGCAUCACCGUCAACAACCCAGGACUUCCUGUUAGAGCCGAGGGUCAAGCUGAGGGCCAAUCAGUGACAGAGAACUGUCGGAAACUCGUCAGCUUCACUUUAUCAGAUAUCAGUGCGUUGGGUCUGAAGAAGGGGAUGUUCUUUAACCCUGACCCCUACCUGAAGAUGUCCAUCCACCCUGGGAAGAAGAGUGGCUUCCCCACCUUCACACACCACGGACAGGAGCGCCGCUCUGCCAUCAUAUCUAACACCACCAACCCUGUCUGGCCCGGAGAGAAGUACACAUUUGUGGCUCUGAUGACGGAUGUCUUGGAGAUCGAGGUGAAGGAUAAGUUUUCUAAAAGCCGACCAAUCAUCAAGCGCUUCCUGGGUCAGCUGACCAUCCCAGUGCAGAGGCUGCUAGAGAGACCUAAUGCAGAGGACCAGCCGCUAAGCUAUACCCUGUGUCGUCGUCUGCCCACGGACCAUGUGAGCGGCCAGCUGCAGUUCAGAGUGGACAUGACCUCUGGACAUGACGAGGGCUCUCCUGAUGCCAUGGGUUCCAUCUUGGGUUUAUCAGUGAACGGGGACCCUGGGAGCCCCUCUGACGAUGAAGACCCCCACCCUUCCUCCAGGGCCCGGGGCCCCUCUCCUACAGGUUCCUACUCCUCCCUGCUCAACGGAGAGGUCCACAGGGAUGGAGACGAUAUCUGGAGUGAUGCCCGGGGGGCGGUAGGCGAGCUAGACAUCCUGGGAUUGGCAAUCCCGGGCGGCCACACCCAUCGACAGGUGUCCCUCAACGACUACCUGGAUUCCAUCGAAGCUCCUAAGGGCCCGGGAGAACGGCCCCUGGGCGCGACGUCACCCAAGCUGAGGUCCAGUUUCCCCACGGACACACGACUCAGCGCCAUGCUGCAUAUAGACUCUGAUGAAGACGAGGAGGCAGGGCCGUCCAGGGACCAUCCACCACAUGACAGGAAGCCCUUGCUGCCACUGACCAAUGGUGUUCAGGCUGGUGCUGGGAAGGGAGUUGCCUCUUCAGAACAGGGCCUGGGGAAACAAGAGAAAGAGGGGACAGAGGCAAACAGGGGAGAGGUUGAGGGAGCACAGGGGACACAAGCUGGGACAGGGACUGGAGAUAGAGAUGGGGCUGGAGCUGAAGAUGGAGAUGGGGAUGGAGAUGGGGAUGGAGCUGGUGAUGGGCCUGGAGCUGGAGAUGGGGCUGGAGAUGGGGCUGGAGAUGGGGAUGGGGCUGGAGAUGGAGCUAGAUCUGGGGCUGGAUCUGGAGCUGGAGAUGCAGUUGAAGCGAGGACUGGAGCUGGAUCCAUGGCUGUGGUUGGAUCUCUAACUAUAGCCAGACCUGGAUCUGUGGUUGGUCCUGGGGCUGGGGCUCCUCUAUCUCCAAUACCUGAGACGAAUACUGCAGUGCAGGAGGUGUCAGAGAAUGCCGUGGCUGCCAGGACUGAGGUCAGCCAGCAACCAACAAUCUCAGGGGCCACAGCAGCCCAGGGGCCCCUCAGGAACUCACUGCCUGCUGUUCUGAAGACAUCCACUACUCAGAAGGAAGAGGAAAUGGCGCCCAAGGCUGAGGAGGAAGGGGCGGAGUCAUCCAGUGAAGGAGCAAGUGCCAUCGCAGCCCCCCCGACGACCAGUAGCGUUGCCGACCAGGGAGGCGGGGCCUCUGGCUCUGAUGUCACAGGAGCAAGGACCGCCGGCGCAGCAGCCAAUGAGGAAGAAGAGGGUGGGGAGAUCUGGCAGAGGAGGUCCAUGCAGGCGUCUGGAGGCGUGUCUCAGGAGGAGGAGGCGCGGUCUUCUGAGGCCAGCGGGGCAAUCGACUCUUCUCAGAGUGUCUCUGAGGAGGGCAGAGAGGCAGGAGGGGCCACAGCUCAAGUCAACGGUCACCAGUCCGUCCGCUCCCUGCCCUCUGUCCGUCACGACAUUGGUCGCUACCAGAGAGUAGAUGAGCCACUUCCUCCCAACUGGGAGGCCCGUAUAGACAGUCACAGUCGUGUCUUCUAUGUGGACCAUGUGAACCGCACCACCACCUGGCAGAGACCCACCGCUCCUCCAGCACCACAGCUCCUCCAGAGGUCCAACAGCAUACAGCAGAUGGAACAGCUCAACCGCAGAUAUCAGAGUAUACGCAGGACGAUGACCAAUGAGAGAACAGCAGAGGAGCUGACAGCGCCACCCGAGGUGCCCACCGACGACACUGACCACACUAUCCCAGAGUAUCGUCGUGAUGGUGUGGUGGCUCCAGAUAGCUCUCGGUCUCGUCUCACUCUGCUCAUCCAGUCUCCCAGCGCUAAGUUCCUGACCAGCCCUGACUUCUUCACCGUGCUGCAUUCCAACCCUAGUGCCUACCGCAUGUUUACAGGUAACACCUGCCUGAAACACAUGAUCAGUAAGGUGCGUCGGGACACACAUCACUAUGAGCGCUACCAGCACAACAGAGACCUGGUGGUUUUCCUCAACAUGUUCUCCAACAAACAGCUGGAGCUGCCCCGUGGCUGGGAGCUGAAGCACGACCACACUGGCAAGCCUUUCUUUGUGGACCACAACUGCCGGGCCACUACGUUCAUCGACCCUCGGCUCCCUCUCCAGAGCAGCACGUGUCCCAGCAGCCUCCUGGCCCACCGCCAGCACCUGACCAGACAACGCAGCCACAGCGCUGGCGAGGUCAGCCCACAACACAUGGCGGGUGAGCACCCUCGUCACUCUGGAGGAGGACCCCCUGUGAUGCCCCGCCCAUCCAGCACCUUCACCACGGUCAGCCGCACCCAGUACCAAGACGUAGUGCCAGUGGCUUACAACGACAAGAUAGUGGCGUUUCUACGACAACCCAAUAUCUUUGAGAUCCUGCAGGAGAGACAGACAGAGUUUAUCAGGAACCACUGGCUCAGGGAGAAGGUGCAGUUGAUUUGUAAUGAAGGGGCCUCUGGUCUGGCCAGGCUGUCUGGUGAUGCAGACCUGGUCAUCCUCCUCAGCCUGUUUGAGGAGGAAGUGAUGUCAUAUGUUCCGCCUCACGCCUUACUGCACCCCAGCUACUGCCAGUCCCCACGAAGCUCCCCCGUGGCCUCCCCACAGAACUCACCUGGAACACAGCGAGCUAAUGCCCGUGCCCCGGCCCCCUACAAGCGAGACUUCGAAGCCAAACUGCGAAACUUCUACCGCAAACUGGAGACCAAAGGUUACGGCCAGGGCCCAGGGAAGUUAAAGUUGAUCAUCCGUAGGGACCAUCUCCUGGAGGAUGCCUUCAACCAGGUCAUGUGUUACUCCCGUAAAGACCUGCAGAGGAGCAAGCUCUAUGUCAGCUUCCUGGGAGAGGAGGGCUUGGACUACAGCGGCCCGUCCAGAGAGUUUUUCUUCCUGGUGUCUAGAGAGCUGUUCAACCCGUACUACGGCCUGUUUGAGUACUCCGCCAACGACACCUACACCGUUCAGAUCAGCCCCAUGUCUGCCUUCGUAGACAACCAUCACGAGUGGUUCCGUUUCAGCGGGCGUAUCCUGGGCCUGGCUCUGAUCCACCAAUACCUACUGGAUGCCUUCUUCACUAGACCCUUCUAUAAGGGCCUGCUGCGCAUCCUAUGUGAGCUGAGUGAUCUGGAGUAUCUGGAUGAGGAAUUCCACCAGAGUCUCCAGUGGAUGAAGGACAACGACAUCGAGGACAUGUUGGACCUCACCUUCACUGUCAAUGAGGAGGUGUUCGGACAGAUCACAGAGAGAGAGCUGAAGCCAGGCGGGGCCAACAUCCCAGUGACAGAGAAGAAUAAGAAGGAGUACAUUGAGCGCAUGGUGAAGUGGCGUAUUGAGAGAGGAGUGGUUCAACAGACAGAGAGUCUGGUCCGGGGCUUCUAUGAGGUGGUGGAUUCCAGGCUGGUGUCAGUGUUUGAUGCCAGGGAGCUGGAACUGGUGAUAGCUGGCACCGCUGAGAUAGACCUGGUAGACUGGAGGAGCAACACAGAUUACAGAGGAGGUUACCAUGACAACCACAUAGUGAUCCGUUGGUUCUGGGCGGCGGUGGAGAGGUUCAACAACGAGCAGAGACUCAGGCUGCUACAGUUUGUGACGGGUACCUCCAGUAUUCCCUACGAGGGUUUUGCCUCUCUCCGAGGCAGCAACGGACCCCGCAGGUUUUGUGUGGAGAAAUGGGGCAAAGUUACCUCUCUACCCAGGGCUCACACCUGUUUCAACCGGCUGGACCUCCCUCCAUAUCCAUCCUUCUCCAUGCUGCACGAGAAGAUGCUCACUGCCGUGGAGGAGACCAGCACCUUCGGCCUAGAGUGAUGACCCCUAUCACCUUUAACCCCCACUCCUCCUACGACCUUUGACCCUGACCUCUGAACUGUAGUAUCACAGAGGUAGAGGAACCCAAAUGGUUCAAGGGGAUGACUGUCUAGUCUGUCUGGCACCCUGUUGUAUCUUUAUACACACUCACCUUCCUGAAGUGAGCUGAACAGAGGAGAAUAGAGCGAUGUCUAUCAGAGGGUAUGACCCCUGCACAACGCCAGGGUUUCCAUGUGACGGUUAAGGUCACUUAGACACACUGCCAACACAAACCAAAGGAGAGCACCCUAACACUCACACCCUUGUUAUUCCAUUAGUGUCACGUCCUGGCCAGUAUAUAAGGUUAAUUGUUUUGUAGUUUGGUCAGGGCGUGGCAGGGGGUAUUUGUUUUAUGUGGUUCGGGGUGGUGUGUUUUGUGUAAAGGGUGUUUGAUUUAGUAAUUCCGGGUUUUGGUUUAUGUUUAGUAUUCUAUGGUUAGUCUAGGUUGUGUGUUUCUAUGUUUGGUUGAUUGGGGU